UGCUGGUGCUACUUGUGUCCAUCCAGCUUCUGCAAGAAAAAUGACAGUGGUGCUGAGCAGCGGAUAGUCCCUGGGCUCAUUGGUCUGACUCUCUCUCUCCCCUGGAGGAACUGGUGCCAUGGACGAUUGAGACCUUCUACUGCUCGUUGGGUUCCUGGGUUCCCAUUCCCGCUGGUCUCCUCCAGCCACAAGUCUGAGCCCUGGACCAAGUACCCCCAGAACAUCUUCUCCAAACAGAGAUGAGCGAACAACAAGUCUUCUACACAGAGUUGAAAAUAAACAACUUCUCUCAGCCUCAUUCCAAAAGACAAGGGGAUAAGAAGAGCAAAGAUUCAGGAAAGGAGAAGGAAUUGAACUAUGCUGAGUUGAAAUUGCCUAGGUCUUCUCAACAGGAAAGCAAACAAGAGAGACUCGAUGACCGAGAAACGAGUGAGCAGCAGGUAACCUACUCAGAGCUGAACGAGCAAAGGCUUAAUCUGUCAUGGCAGGACCAAAAAUCAAAGGGUGCGAAGAGCAGAAGAUCAACAAAUGAGCAGUCAGUGACCUACUCUGAGUUGAAACAGCAUAAUCGACCGCAGCAGUGCAGCCCAUCUGAGAAUGCCCAGAGCAAAGUCGGUUCACAAAGCAAACUCUGGAAGUUCACUGCAGUGACUCUGGGGAUCUUCUGCCUUGCAUUACUGACCACAGCGGGUUUCUUGGCUGCCCAAGUGACCCAGCAACAAGAAGUUUCUCCAAGCCCCCUUCCAAAACCAUCUCAUAACACCAUCAGCAAGACAGGAUGUGACUGGGACCCUUGUCCAGGGGACUGGAUUGGGUUCAGAAACAGCUGUUACCUCUUCUCUAAUGACACGAAGAACUGGAGAGACAGCAAGAUAGCCUGUGCAACUCUGAAUUCCAGCUUGCUGUGGUUAGACAACCAGGAAGAGCUUGAUUUCCUAGGAUUGUUUUCCCACCCUGCAUGGACUGGACUGUAUCGUAAUGGACCUCAUAGUUCCUGGCAGUGGGAGGAUGGCACAGCUUUCUCCAUUCAUGGGAUCACUAUCCAGGAAAAACAACCAGAGGGUAACUGUGUCUUCCAAAGAACUGAUUUUUUAUAUUACUAUAACUGUGAGAUUCUCAUUGGGUUCACCUGCAAACAGAGGACUCACUAGUCUCUGUCUAGAGAAGCCCGAACAUUGGAAUUUCACCUCAAUCCCAUCCACGUACUUCCUCAUACGGAAUCCUAGAUGUCAACUGCACUGAUUUCUCGCUCAUCAGAAUGGCCCCAUUGUUUUCACUAGCAAGAUGUUUCUGGAUAGAAUUGGACAUUAAAGACCCCAGAGAAGGCGCUUCAGCAGUUUGUCAGGGCCUCGUGAGAUAUUUCCAGUCUAAACUCAGUGACUCUCAUUGGAAAUCCAAUUCAGUUACAGAUUCUUUAAAGAGAUAGUGAGAUCUCUGGUAGAUACAACACCAGCGCUCAUUUUCCACACUUGGGCAGCAUGCAAUAUUAUGCAAUCUCUUGUGGCCCACCACAAAUAAUUCUUCUGGAAGCAAAUGAAAUUGUUAAUGAAAAUAAUUCACAGAUUAUUAGCACAUCCAUCUCUCUUCACUUUCGUGACUUUGUGAGUCCUGAAAAAUAUUCUGGAAAAAAUAGGGUGGGUUAUUGUAAAGUAACAGCUUUUGACACCUUCAAAACGGUAUGAAAUUCAAUUAAAACGUCAGAAACAGACAAUGGUGAAAGAAUGAGAUUUUGCACACUUUUAAUGGGCCUCAUUCAUUUAAUGGCAGUUAUUGAUCGUCAUCCAUGCACUUGGGUUCUAAUUCUGGCUUUGCCACUUGUCUGCUCUGUGACCUUGGGCAAAUCACUUCAC